AUAGUUUUGAUGGACUUGGAUAUCUGCUGGAAGGUAAGACUGACAUCAUUGCAGGAGAGACAUGAUGUCAUCAGGAAUGGUUUUGAUGGACUUGGAUAUCUGCUGGAAGGUAAGACUGACAUCAUUGCAGGAGAGACAUGAUGUCAUCAGGAAUGGUUUUGAUGGACUUGGAUAUCUGCUGGAAGAUACACACAAUACUGGAAACAUGUUGCCACAGACGUUUAUCCCGGGUUUCCAUAGUGAAGUUGAUGUUCGAAAGAUGACGUACAAGUCCUUAGGUACCACGGGGAUGUUAGUAUCAUAUCUCAGCCUAGGGACAUUCCAGUUAGGACUUGUAUACCAAACUUCACGUGAGGAAGACGGAAUCAAGACAGUCAGAGAGGCUGUACGAAGAGGUUUAAACUAUAUUGACACGUCUCCCUGGUAUGGAUUUGGAACAGCUGAGAUAGUCCUUGGAAAGGCAUUAAAAGGAAUUCCAAGACAGGCCUACUACUUAGGUACCAAAGUUGGGAGAUAUCAUCCAGAAUAUCCCAAAAUGUUUGAUUUUUCUGCCGAAAGAACCAUACAAAGUGUUGAAGAAAGCCUUGAAAAACUAGGAGUAGAUUACGUAGAUGUUAUCCAG